GACAGGGCGUCAAACAAUAAAAAGUCUUCACAAACAUAAGCGUAACCAUUAACUCUACGUCAAAAUUUAAGAAAUGCUCAUGAAAAUUUCACGAAAAGUAUUAAGUAUCGUUUUGGCACGAGUGUCACGAAAUGAAAUGUUCUUCUGGUCCCAUCUCUUAAAUUGUCAAUAAAGUUUUUUUUAUUUCGUUCUAAGUCUUAAAAUGUUGGACGAAAGUCGUUACGCGUCCGGGAUAAUUUUUCAUAAAUACAGUAACGGCUUAAUCACGUUACUGUAUUUUUUCCCGAUUAGAAUCCACGCGCUGUUUAUGCGCGCCUUUUAGGCCUCCUUAAUAUGAUUAGUAAAAAGAAACCAGAGCGAGGAAAAUCAGUGACAAGAAAAUCAUGUGGAAAAGGAAUUUUAUGUAAUGCCACUGCGCAGUUUGUAAGAUCGGAAACAAGGGAUUUACUGAAGAAUCGCACAUGGAAUACACCUAAGGGCAUUGGAUCUUUACAGAAGAACAAGAAAGCUCAUUCAAACCUGACAAUUUCUGAUUCUGUUAGUGCAGGAAUGUCAAUUAAUAAGAAAUUCCCUGAACGUCAAUCGCCAGAAAGGCAACGUGACAAUUUAUCUUACCGAGGCAAAUUGCAUGAUGCCCCUAAAGGUACCACCCAAAAACCACAGUACGCAAGAGCAAAACCAUAUCUUCCUCAAAAUCAACAACGAAUAUACAGCGAAGCAGACUUCACCGAAAAUAGACAAUCAACAAAACCACUCUUAGAAAACACAAAUAUAAAUAAUCAUGAUGCAGUGUUCAUGUUACGAAAAGAAAUUGAUGAUUGGAAGCAUCAAGAAGCUUUAACCAGCAAGAUCGAAAAUAAGCUAAUAAGAAUUGAAAGUACCAAACCUAAAUCCAUUGGAAGAGAGAAAUCAGACCAGCCAAAUUCCUACAUGUCCACGAUGAGCAACGAAAAGCCGUCUUCAGUGCAGAAAGGAACAGCACAAGUUCACUCAUCUAGAUUCAUGGCCGAUCACGAGAGUCCUCCUGCUACAUCGUUUCACGAUCGAUGUUUACCCUCUUGUUGCUGUACCAAUCAUCAUGGCUGUUCGACCUGCACAAACUGUACAGGAAAUCAUUGUCACAGAACCAGUGCUGCUAAUUACCGUUCGUUGACAGCGGGGAUUAGUGGACUGGCGUCGGAUCGUUUUCAAAAUAUUAAUGAUCAACCAGAUCAUCAGAGAUCAGGAAGACAUUUGACGGGGAUCACAGGAUACUCCUUGGAUGACUACUUGAUAAAUUCCCAGGAGAAAGAAAGUUCUUGUUCCCUGGCUCUUGGUAGUCCUGUCAGUCCUGCCCUCAGUCCUGAAACUGUAGACGUUCUUCAAAAUGCUGAAAGAUUGGUCAAGGAUGCUCAGAGACAAAUAAUGGAAGUUAGUUACAAAACGCACUUGAGUCCCAUACAAGAGAAUGGGACAGGGUCCACGACGAGACCACCUUUGGACGAUAAUUUAUUAUAUCUUCACGAAUUGGUAGCAGCGAAAUUUAAUGAGGCCAACGCUUCCAAUAGGAAUUACAGAAAGAUUCCAUCUGUAGGUUCGGUUGACGUUCAAUCCAAAGAAUUUCCAAAGUUACAGGAAGAUCAGAUUCCCGUGAAGGAGAGUCAAAGUUUCCUUGAGAAAAAGUACGAGUUACCGAGUGACAAGUAUUCCGAAAGUUCUAGCAGAACUAAGCAGAAGAAACCAAUGGCGAAGGAGGAGGAUACAUUUUUUGAAAGAUUUCAAUCUGACUGUACCACGUCGGUCGAUGCUUUUUCUGCUACGACCUUGCCUCCUCGUCGGCAGCCAGAAAAUGGAAUAUCAACCAGCAGUCGCAAUCCCCAGGACUCCAAUACUGGCGUCUUUCGGGUGAAUGAGGGCGAUCGACGUUCACGUAUGAAAUUUCAAAUUCAAAGAGGACCCCAGGUCGACAUACAACGUGAAUUGACUAUACAAUCCGUAGAUAACAUUCACAUAUCACCUGAUCCUUCUUCAGUGCCUGUAUACAAAAAUGUGGCGACAUAUGAAUUCCAGCACGAAACCAUAAGGAACAAUAAUUUACAAAAAUCUAAAAUUCCAUCUGCCACAUUCAUAGAUAUACAUCAGCAGCCAUUGUCGUCCAGAGCUAAAGAUUUUGAUGCAGAAAUGGUUGGAAAUAAACCAUUAGACCAAGUGGAUGCUAAAGAACACGUGGAAGCUGUGAUAGCACCAGAAGAAAAUAUAAUUGCCAAUCCACCAAUGGAUAAUUUAGUAGCUGUUGGGUCUGAAGAAAUUGAAAUACCAGAAGAGAAAAUCGUGGAAAAUAAUUUGGAUGUCGACGAAACCAAAGCAGUAAAUUCGAAUCUUGUGGAGAAUGUAAACCUACAAUUUGACAAUGAAGAAACGGCCCUUAAAACAGACGGAGAGGACGAAGCUUUAAUUAAAGAGAUUACAUAUAAAGUGUCACAAAAAGACGUGUUUUACUUACAAGAUCCUUUGAGCAACGAAGAAUUUGACCUGGAUAAUAUAAAUUUGCAAGCACCAAAUAUUAUCGAUUUGGAUAAAGUUCUGCAAGUUUACAGCAGAUCAAUAGACCAUAUCGUACGUGGAACUCAGAAACUCUCGGAGCUUCUGGAACGGCGUACAAGAUUCGAAAUUUCUAGUAAUCAAGGUAAACUUCAUUCAAAUGACAAAUACAUCCUGUCUCCUUCAACUGAGACUCUGAUGACAUCACUAAAUUUGCCAAAUCCUUUGAGCGAAUUCAAAUACCCGAAAAUAACGAUGAACCUGGAAUGCAUGAAGAAUCCUGUCUUUAAAGAAAAUAUGGAUGAUCAUUAUGUAGAAACGUGCGCAAUGCAAAAUCCAAGUACACGUUGCAAAGCAAUUACAACGAAGAACGUGACUGAAAAUAUAAACGAGUCCUGCCAAGCCAUUGCUAACAGUGAUUGCGAUCAAGGUCCAUUAGACGUGACGUCUAAUAGGAAUUUCGUUUUAACAGUAGGUGAUAGCAUGAAAUCUAAUAGAAAUACAAGACCCUGGUCUGUACCAAUUGUUAUACCGGCUAACGAAAAGUCUCUCAUUACUUCCACGAGGAAUGAUAUUCACUUGGAUUCAAAUGAAAGCACGCAAUAUGCUAAAUACGACAUAACGUCAGAGGAAAAAGGUAAACUAGAAUCGAAAAGCACGUUAGAAAAAUUAAUACUUGUCAAACAAGAUAAAGAAAAACCGUCGGAAAAUUUAUUAUCCGAUUUCUCAGCUCAAUUAGACAAACUUUUGCAUGUGGAUAGCAGCUUUUGCAGAGAAUUAAAAUCCAAUACAGGAUCCAGUUAUAAUAUACACAGCAAUGAGAAUGCAGAAUUUGACACUGGCGCUUUUUCUCUUCUCACCUCAUUCAGGAAGCCGAACAGUCAGGAUAUGAAUGCUGACACGAAGAAUGAAUUAACAUGUACAUCAGAGGAUGGCACCGAUGAAGAUGAUGAAGCUCACAUGGUGGAGCAGGUUUUAGAAGCCCUAAAGCAUUCUUCAAAGGCUGUAGACGAGUUUGUCACUUGGCUGCUGGAUAAGAAGGAAUCCAAUAUUGGUCAGGACGUGACAAGGAUUUUACAGAAAACCACUAUCAGCCCUCUGAUAAUGGAUAGAUUUCUUUUUGCUAUUCGCCAAGAAACUACAAGGACCAAUGUGUUAUCAGAAGAGAAAAUUGCGGAUAAUGAAUUACGUUUGACUUUGGGUGACUGGAGGAAGAUUUAUGAUCUGGCAAAAUAUUUUUCUCAAAUUGCUGAGAAAAGCGAAGCCCACGUUUUCGAUGCCAGAGAACCUAUUGCCAGGAGGGACUUGUCUUGUGUCGAGGAUGAAUCAUACGUCAAAGUGUCGGUAGAGAAUAAGAAAGACUUGGAAAAUCUCUCAGCAAUGAAGUGGCUGAAGGAAGGAAAAUCUAUUGCUCCUAUAACAGAUAUUUAUAGAAAAAAUAUUACAGAUAAUAAAGUCGAUUUCAUUAAGGUACAUAAACAUCAAAGGGAUCAAAAUAUUGACAGCAAGCUUAUCAAGACCAAUUAUAAAAAUUCCUCUGAAAAAUCUGUUUCUUCUCGAACGGGAAAAAGCGAAUCUCAAGAUAAGAGGAUUCCUCAGGAAUCAGUUAAGGAACUAAAACAAGAUCCUGUAAAAGCCAAAAAUAGUAUACUCACGCAAACGAAAAGAUCUGAUACUACAAACGAUACUUCAACGGAGCAGAAUGAGAAGGGAACGAAAGAAAAUGAUUUCAAGAACUCUUUAGUUACUAGAUGCAUACGUAAGAAAUGUCCAAGCAUACCCAGUGAAUCUGUUAAAGAGAAGGUCAUUAAAGUAGCAACGGAUAUAGGUACACAGAUAGAAACUCCCAGAGAGGAAAAAUCGACAUCUUGCAACAGUAAAUCUAUCCAGCAAAAAGAUAACUUAUCCAAAACUACUGAAGAGUGUAUUACAUAUUCACCCUCGACAUCUGCUGAAACCAUUUCUGAUUUUACAAACGAUCAUGUUUCUCGCAAGACAGAAUCAAGAAUCGAUACUGAAAGUAGUAAAGACAGAUCGCACGAGGGCAAGAAAGUCGAAGAUACUGCAGAAAAAUCUGGAGAGUCACAACCUAUACGUUAUGUGGAUAAGUCGACGUCUUUCAGCUCAAAGAAAGUGAAUUAUGAGAAGAAAAUUGAUACCUUGGCUCAAGAUAAUGCUGUAGAAGUUCAGGCAGAGGAUGAGCUUCAAAAUAAAAAUAAUGUAAAGUCAGUUUCUGUUCCAUGUGGUGCGAAUCAGAAUUUGUGCUUUACUGAAGCACCGCUGGAGAAUAAAUCGCCAGUGAAGAGUAUUACCCGCGACUCGUAUAAGACCAAGGCGAAGCCUGACGAAGGCGAUGCUUUGGUAAAUUCUGAUAAACAAAAGUCAAGUGGUAAUCAAGCAAAAGGUUCAGAUAAUAUAGAAGCGAAAAAGUCCGAAAGAAGUCCGGAAGACAAGGACGAUUGUCAGAAGAACUGUUUAAGAGAUGAGAAGUGUAAAAUGAUUUGUGAUAAUGAUGGUGAUGACGAUGAUUCCAAGAAACGGUCGCAACAACCCACAACAGACUCUUGUGAAAAAAAUUACCAGCCGUGCUGCAAGCCAUUAAAAGUUUCAAAUAACUCAUACCACAAAAAGGAUGAAUCAAGCGAACCUAUUACGAGUGCGAAGCAAGAGCGUAGUAAGAGACGACUCUCCUGGAAGGAAGUUGACAAUAAAGAUGAUAAAACAAACAAUCCUAAAGAGAAACUUAGCAUGACUCCUAAGAUUUCCUAUGGCGUUCAGAAAAAAGAUUUUCAAGUUUUCCAAUGCAGCAAGGAGUGUACUAAUGAUGAAAACUGCGUAUUUGUCUGUACACCAUUCCAUACGUCUUCACUUGUAGAUAAUGACUUGGCGCCUCCGGAUCCAGAUCACGAACGGUUUAGAUCAUCUGUGGUCCGUGAAUCAGAGCAAGAGAAGGAAAGAAAACUGAUGCUCGAACUGAGAGAUGCUCAAGAGAAUAUAAAGAUAGAACAAGAUAAAGCAAGAAAAGCUAUGGCAAAAUUAAGUGAAUUAAAGAAGCACAGGACUCCCCCUGAAGAACUAUACUCAGGCGAUGUAUCGGUGAAGGGAUGUGAAAGAAGUCAAAAAUCCGCUAAUCAGAACAAGAAUGCAUCGGAACUGACGGUGAUAUUUACUAGAACAGAGGAUGAACAUGAGAAGAAGCCAGCCCGUGUCCCUUCGGUGAUACAGGAGAUAAGCUCAUCCUCUCAAGGCUCUGACGACGUACCACCAAUCGGUCAGCAGAAGAGAAGAUUUACAGUUCCAAUUAAUCAUAUAUCACCAUCGUUUGAUGUACCAACAAAUAUUCACAAUGAUGGAGAACACGUGCAAUAUGAGGAUAACAAUGGGAUAUUUGAUGCUCGAUCUCCUGGGAAACGUCUUAUCUCGGAAAAAGGUUUACACAAUCCAAGUUUUAGUCAUUCAAGGCAGAGAAGACGGCAAACUAUAGAAGCCGAGUACUUCGAGAUGCCAUCGAGUAAUUCUGAUGAGAAUCGUGAACUCAAGGCUAAGGAAUGGCUUAAUAAAAGGAAGCCAUUUACAUCCGUCUCUAUAUCCGAAAAUAUUGCAAGGCGCUUCGAUAAGACUCAACGUGGUAUGGACAGUAAUGUUGGAUUUGCAUUUGUCUCAAAUGAAAAGCCUUUCAGCACGAUGAAAGGGUUGGAGCACUUAUUUGAAUGCUGUACUGCAGAGAAAGAUCUACAAGUUCAAAGUGGAUGCUUUAAAACUUCCUAUCAACAAAACAAGAGAAUGGAAGAUUGCAAAUUUCAUGAUAGUUUAAAAUAUAACGAAAUAUUUCAAGACUCUGUACACAAAUCUGUAUCGGAUGAUAUCCAUGAGAAAGAUUAUUCUUCAACAAAGCAGGCCGUCUGUGCCAAACCAGAGAUUAUCGCACACUUUCUUGGCAGAAGGAAAUUAGAGGAUGUAAAAAUUGAACGCAUCAAGAGAAAUUCUAGUAGUGAAAGUUGUGACAAGUUUGAUCCGUGUUCUAGUGUAUAUAUUGGUUCAACUAAUAGAACAAGUAAUAUGUUGGACCAUUUGAAAUUAUGCUUGGUACCCACUAAUGCUGAGACAUUUUUAACAUUGAAAAAUGUUAAUGACAUUCAUUUUCAAAAUAUAACUGGAUAUCCUCUCAAACCGAAUGAACCAUCAUCGGCUACUUGCUCUGAAGGUGAACUCUAUAUGCCAAGUUCCUGUUCAUAUUCAUUUGGUGAAAUACGAGUUUCAAGGAAAAGUAAAACUGGAGGGAAGGUAUUUAAGAGAGCAGACGGCAUGACGAUUUUCGUCACGAGCAGUGCAUUGCCUUCUUCGGAUGAGUCAAGCUUAGAGAGUGAUAGUCUUGGGGAGAUUUGAAAAAAGAUGUAAACUCACUGGAAUUAUUUCUUUUCACUCAGCUUCUACCGACAUGACAUCUGAUAGUGAGAAAGUAAAAUUGAAGAGGCUGAAUGUGCAUAAAAUCACCUGAGAAGAAAUAAUUUAUGAGACACUACAUAAAUCCUGUACAUAAUGUAUCUACUUUUAUUGAUAUAGCGUAACUUUGAGAUAUUUAUCAACACGUGACAGCGUAACAUAAUACAGUACUAACCAUAUAUUAAAUGAAA